AUGGAUUCUCUUGUAUUGUCCUCAGGCACAACAACCCCUCUCACAAGCACUGCCCAAUCAUUGAGGUCAUCUUCUCGACCGAGUACUCCUGCAACUGGAAAAGACGUCCUAUUCAGUCGUCCUCCCUCUCCCACCCGUACAACUCCAGAUGAGUACGUCCUCGUCGUUGGUGGCCUUGGCUACAUCGGCAGCCACACAACAUGGGAGCUCCUCAAAGAUGGAAGCAAUGUAGUUGUCAUUGAUAACCUCAGCAAUGCUUUUGUUCAUGUUCUUGAUACACUCAAUGACAUGACGGACCAACGCUUCACCAUGAGUCGUCGUCGUCCAGAGCUUCACUUCUACGAGGCGGACUUUCGAGACGAUACUAAGAUUCAGGAGAUUCUGUUCCGUUACUCCUCACCUUCUGGAUCACAAAUCAAACGAGUGAUUCACUUUGCUGCAUACAAGUCUGUCUCGGAAAGUAUUGAGCAGCCACUCAAAUACUAUGACAACAACGUCGGUGGACUCAUCAGAUUCUGCAACACAUUAUCAACCUUUAGUAUCAAGAACCUCAUCUUCUCAUCGUCAGCUACUGUGUAUGGUUCACUCGCAGAUGCUGGUGGUCGGUUGGUCGAAGAGUCUUGUGCCCAUACUACAACGGAGUGGCGCGAUGACAGCGGCAAGAAUCAAACAACUCUUCAGGGGUGCACGGGUCUCACGAAUCCAUAUGGACGAACAAAAUGGAUCUGCGAAGCUAUCCUUUCUGACUUGGCCGUUGCGGAUCCUGAGUGGACUAUCACGGCCUUACGAUAUUUCAACCCUAUUGGUUGUGACGAGUCUGGUCGGUUAGGGGAAGAUCCCCGUGUUGCACCAACCAACUUGAUGCCCGUCCUCCUCAAAGUCAUGCUUGGCGAGAUCGACCACCUGCAAGUGUUUGGUACAGACUGGGACACCCGGGACGGAACAGCUAUCCGAGACUUCAUCCACGUCUCUGAUCUUGCCAGGGGUCAUCUUGCCGCCCUUGCGGUGAAAGAAGGACAAGGCUUCCAGACUUUCAACAUUGGCACUGGAACUGGCCAGACGGUCUACGAGGUUGUUGAAGCUAUGAAGUCUGCGUCAGGGAGAGAUAUUCCCGUGGUGAAAGUGGGACGCCGCCAAGGUGACGUGGGAGUUUGUGUCGCUGAUCCCGGAAGGGCCAUGACUCAACUGGGAUGGAAGCCCCAGAAAACAUUGCUUGAAAGUUGCCAGGACCUGUGUAGAUUUCUGGAGGCGAAUGGGACUAAGAUACAAUCGCAGUAA